AUGGACUCUUUAACUGCCUACUCCAGUGACGAAGAGUCCGACUCAGAUCAAGAUACCCCUCCCGACUUGGGCCAAUCAGAAUCUUCUCCACCUUCUCUUUUCCCGCCUCCUGAGUUGGUUUCCUUGGUCCUGUACCUGGAAAACUACAGCAUGAAUAGAAAGAAGCUCGUCCUGAGUUUCCUACUGCUACCGUGGCAGCCUGAUGCCCGUGUGGUGUCGUCGCUACAAAAGACCUGUGAACAUGUGGUGAAGGCCAUAAAUGCUGAGAUGCCUCACGUUCGUCUGCGCUAUUCGUGGCAUUACACGGGAGCGAAUAAACCGGUUGUUUUUGGUCGCUACGGCUACUCCAACGUGGGUGCUAUCAAUCUGCUUCACGUCAGUUUAUUUCCCAAUUUUCAGGCGGAGCCCGGGCGGUUUGGCCAACUCCAUGAAAGCCUAGUUCGCUCUGUCAAACUCUGUCCUCCUCCGCAAGAUAUGAUGAUGGAGAAGCAGACCUCUACUUUGGACAAAAUGUUGAAACUCAAACAGAAGCCUUGCAUUUCACUCAGGACCAAUUCCCAUCUUCGCUGUUACAUGUCUACAAAGUCAGGAAGCAUAUUUGUUGCUCUAGACAUUAACGACACUCCACAACCAGGAAGUAUGUUUCUGGCUGAGUACGAGUAUUUGCGAAAUCUCAGCAAGAUGAUCGAGGGACAAGUGCAAACAUUUGAUGGAAAAUACGACUGGAAAACCAUUGUUUAUAAUUCAGAACGACUCGAUGACGGGUUGCCUAUGUUCAAGUAUCAUGUUACGGUGCUCUUGGGAGAGGUGCACAUGUACAAGCAUCGAAUGAACUCCAAACAUUUUCGGCAGCUCCGUAGCAUAGUGGAGGAUAUUGAUGUGACUGAUUUUGUAGGGGAAAUAACUGUGGAUGUGGAUACAAUGAGACUACGGAACAUCGCUGGUCGGUCAUUUGAUAUAGAUCUUGUAAAUAGUUAA